UUGAGGAAACGAAGGAAUUGGCCGACACCCGUGUGAUAUGGUGAGGGAGAGGCUGCACGAUGCAGCUACUGACCUUGAACUCACUUCUGAUGUUCGACCUGGUCUUCCUGUUCUUUCUAUUUUUGGUCGGCGUCUCUUGUCUCGCCUACUAUUUACCUGGCUCACGAUUACAACCUAUCGCCCCACAUGAGAUCAUCAAUGCUAGAGUACCACCAAGUGCAAACGCACCCGUCGACGAUGUUUAAGAAUGCCAAUGAAGACCGUUGGCGGCGCCGGCUUAGGAGUCGUUGCGGGAGACAUAAUUGCUCUCAGAGGUACAGGAUUGGCUGCAGCGGAGACUUGGGCUCUUUUAUGCCAGGCUGCCCAGGCCCUCCAAGACCUUUUUUUAUCAAAUGGAGGAGUGGUGGGUGGCUCGAGGGCGGGCCCAGUGGUCACACCACAUACGAUUGAGCUGACAGCCCGCGGCCGGGUGCAGCUGCUCCAGGCGCCCCCGGAGACCGCCAGGGCCUAUUUACCGCCCGAGUACAGGCCCGGACGAAUAUACUCGGACACAGACUCGGAAAAGAUGUGGAUGUACUCUCUAGGUAGGGCUCUGCUGGACACGACACCGAGGGCCACGGCGCUUACGGGCACCGUAUCAGUCUCACCCUCUUCAGCACUGCAGUCGGUGCUUGCUGCAAUGACCGAGCCGGAUCCACGACGCCGAGCAUCACUCAUGAAUUUGCUUGAUGUGAUAUCUGAGUACUGUAGAACGAGGCUACAAUCCCAGCCGUUCACCCACGUUGUCAUGGACAUGUAUAGGGAAGUGGUGCGCUCGGCCCAGUAUGGUGCUCGCAGACGAGCAGUGCUGCAAUCAAUACGCAGUCUGCCAUCCGUACCCACUCAGCAGCAGCACCAUCAGCAACAAAAACACACUCUGGGACCGAAAGCGGUACCAACGCUUCAGAAUCCACCGAAGACGACCCCGCAGACAUCGAGACAUCGCGCUGCAAAGGGAGCGCUAUUCAAGGCCCAAUCGAGGAACUCGAGAUCUCAGCCAAAUCUUUUAAGUCUUACAGACUCGGACUACGCUGCCGUAACAGCGAGGACGACGACAAAAUGCAGUGCCACUGGCGAUAUCUACGAGUACUACGUCGUCGAUGCCCGCAAUCUCCACCAGCGCACCAACUCUCAGCCCGACUGUUGUACUGGUGAGCGGAUAGAUAAAAUGAUGUCUCAAGCAAAGAGUAGCACGAAUUUGCCAGCGAUAACUGAUACCAUCAACGACGCCGACAUUCAGGAUACCAGCAUCCCCCAAUAUGGGGAUCCGAUCUACGCGCUGCCUGUAAAACCAUUCCUCAGUUCACAGGACGUGUGCAACACCACGAAAAAAUUUUUGCGGCCGGAAUUUUCUGCGCUACCAACCAAUAAAGGCCGAAUUUGUUAUGAAAACUGUAGAGAUUUUGGUGUGGGAACUACCAUCACGCAGCCAACCGUCUCAAGAUGUUUUGAAAGUAUCGUUACUCACAAGCAGCAACAGCAAACUCACGUGGAGGACCUCUAUGCAACAUCGACAAAGAGCCGUUCCGGGCCCAUUGUCUUGCAGCGCCAGCAUUCCAGUCCGCAAUUUCCCUUGAGUCGUUCAUCUUGCAAUCAGGAGCAAAAACGCUGGGAGUUUGCAAAUUCCAUUCCAGACUCUCGUGUUGCUCCCAACCAACAGAUUAAUAGCAAUAACAGUACCAUCAUAACCAGUAGUAUAAGUAACAACAGCAACAUUAAGAACAACAACAAUAAUAGCAACAACAACAAUAAUAACUCCAAAAGUGAAGUAAGUCCGCAAUUACAAAAAAUCGAGCAGCGUGUACAGACGGAGCAAGAGAAAACAAGGUUUGAAGCGAGGUUACCAUACGUGCCACGGGGACCACCACCACCAAAACCACCACGGAUAAACACGAGUCUAAAGAAAGCCCAGGCAGCUCAGACGGCCCUUGAGACCGAAAAACUACAGAGGGACGUAAAAAAUGGACCAAGAGCACGAAGAGGUCAGGCAGUUCAGAGAGCUCCAUCACGUCUUUAUAGAACUGUAAAUGGUCCAGCCAGGUCCUUCAAUAAAACGCAGUGUGUUGGACCGGAAUUUGUAGUACGAGCUAAUCAACCGAUAAAACUACUGACUGUCGGGGAUUUCAAGAUGAGCAACGUUGGACGUUUGACUGUGAUACUUUUGACAGGUCAACGGCUCGAAGUCACGUGUGACCCGCAAAAAGUAACCGCAGGCGAGCUAUUUCAAGCGAUUGUGCAAACGGAGGGCAUAGAAGAGAACUUCACUUUGGGAUUAGCAGCUUUAUUGGCUGGGGACUUUGCAAUGUUACCUUCUAUUACGAAAUUGAAUAAAGUCGCACCCCCUGGUUGGUUAAAUGGCGGGAAGAACAAAGGCCCAUUAGGACUUUCAACAAAUUUUAUGCUUUACUUGAGACUCCGCUUUUUUUUACCGUCGCUCCGAGGAGUAAGAAGCUGGACUUCGAAGCACUUGUUGUAUUUGCAACUACGUCGGUGUAUUUUAGAGCAACAGUUAGUCUGCCCUUUAUCGCAGUUAAUCAAUUUAACCGGACUUGCUCUCCAGGCUGAAUUUGGAAACUAUAAUACAAAUAUGAGCAACGUUGGACGUUUGACUGUGAUACUUUUGACAGGUCAACGGCUCGAAGUCACGUGUGACCCGCAAAAAGUAACCGCAGGCGAGCUAUUUCAAGCGAUUGUGCAAACGGAGGGCAUAGAAGAGAACUUCACUUUGGGAUUAGCAGCUUUAUUGGCUGGGGACUUUGCAAUGUUACCUUCUAUUACGAAAUUGAAUAAAGUCGCACCCCCUGGUUGGUUAAAUGGCGGGAAGAACAAAGGCCCAUUAGGACUUUCAACAAAUUUUAUGCUUUACUUGAGACUCCGCUUUUUUUUACCGUCGCUCCGAGGAGUAAGAAGCUGGACUUCGAAGCACUUGUUGUAUUUGCAACUACGUCGGUGUAUUUUAGAGCAACAGUUAGUCUGCCCUUUAUCGCAGUUAAUCAAUUUAACCGGACUUGCUCUCCAGGCUGAAUUUGGAAACUAUAAUACAAAUGAGCAUGGCUGUGGUGAUUAUUUUUUGUUGGAACAUUAUGUACCCGAGUCAUUAAUUUUAAAUUCUGAGGAGCAACAGUAUCGUCAUCCAGAAUUACCUGACAGUGGCGAAGAAUUACGCAAGCGGUUACAACAAUCUCAUCGUGAGCGGCGAGGUUUGGAUGCUAACAAAGCAGAAGAAAUGUUUGUAACACAUGCUCAAAUGUUGACUGAUUACGGAGCCCAUUACUAUAUCGCCACAGUCGAUACAAAAGAGAUUGAUAAAAUCGUUGCUCGACAAAAAAAGUUUGCUAACCAGAAUCAACAGCCGGACACAGAAAAACAACGUCAGCAAGAUGUUUACAUCGAAUCAGAGAACAUUUAUGACAUCGAAAAAUGCUCAGACUAUCCAAUUUAUGGAAAAAUAGAUUUUAAUAGCUCGGAAACUCAAGAACAAAAUCUUGAAGGUAGUCCUUAUACUGAUGAGCAAAAGAUUAUGAUGUCAAAAAGCCCAACUAAUACGGAAGAUCAAAUACACUCAUCAAUGAAAAAAACAUCAGAUGAUGAUAAUAAUAAAAAUGCCAAUAUAAGUAACAAUAAGAGUACUAGUAAAACAAAUAAAUUUAAAAGAAGUGAUAGUAAUGUAUGGCUUGCCAUUCACUCUGAAGGGUUAAAAAUCUUCGAAAGAGGUGGCCGGUUACGAGAAAGACUUGAGCUUGCAAAAUUUCAGUGGAAAGAUAUUCAAACUCUUAGUUAUGGAAAAAAUUAUUUAAUGGUGUAUACAAGGAUAAAUGGAAAGCGCUGCAAAUUUAAACUCAGAAUGGAUCACCGAAAGAGUUAUUAUGCUUUUAUGCUAACAUCAUUGCACCAUCAGUUUUUUCUAAAACUUCGUUCUGAACUAACAUCACUUCAGGGUUUAGUAAAAGACUUUGGUGUACCGUUGGUGCUAGAACCAAACUCACCACAGUCGAAAACAAAAGCCGAAAGUGCCAAAACAAAAAUUUCGAUAGCUGAUACAGUUAAAAAACAGCAGCUGUUGAACUACCCAAUACGAAUUGAAGAACAGCAGAAUAAAGAGAAUGAGAAUCCAUUAAAAGAUACAGAAGACAAAAAGCUAGAGAUGAAUGGCACAACAACAGUAGAUUCACCCUCUACAAGUCCUGAUGAAAAUGUAUUAUACGCCCAAGUAAACACUCGACUAGAGCCUGAAGGUGAAUCUCGUGACACGGAAGACGAGUCGGACCGUGCUUCUAUCGUAAAUAAGAAUAUUCUUUCGCAACCAAAUAUCAAGGGUUUGAAAGUAUUUGAUCAGACUGAGAGUGAUAGAUUAUAUAAUUAUGCAAAUAUUGGAAUUCCUUAUGCAGAUGAAAAGGAAGAGUAUGUUUAUACUAUUCCAAAGUCCUUUUCAACAAAGGAUGUGGAUGAAUUGAAUGAAAAAAUUGAAAAUCCUGAAGAUCUGUAUGCAGCGAUAAAUAAAUCAGGACUGCCGAAAAAAAAAGAUUUUACAGUGCCUAACGAUGAACAAUGGAAAGAAAUAAUAGUUAAGAAGAAUGUAAACGUGGAAAAAAUGGGUUCAUCGAUUUUUGGAGCUGAUCGACUAAAUAAAAAUAAUAUUUCUCACAGCAUAUUUCGAGGUCUUGAAGUAAAAACGGAUAGUCAAUCUAUGUACGGUAGCCUUGUACAGCAAAACCCUAACACCACAGAUGACUUAGAUCUAAUGUCUCUCAAAUCAGAGACUACGUCAGAAAAAUCAACUGGUUCCCCUAUGCCUGAAGCUUAUGUACUUAACACAGAUCUUCGAACAGCUGAGGAGACAUUUAGGAUACCAAAUGAAACAAUGUCGACAUCUUUGAUCGCAAGGCUAGACGAACUUUCUUUUGCCGAAGAACGAAUCCUACGAACCAUUAAGCUAGAAAGAGGCCACGGUGGUAGUAUAGGUCUGCAAGUGACGGAGGGUAACGAUGGUGGAGUUUAUGUUCAGGCAGUUUCGGUUGGAGGCUCUGCCGAUAUGGCUGGAAACGUGAAUAAAGGUGAUAGAAUAGUCGCGAUAAAUGGACAGAAUUUACUAAACCUUGGAUAUGAAGAAUCUCUAAAGUUAUUGCAAAGUUCAUCUGAAACAGUUGAACUUGUAUUAUCUCAAGUUGUGCAAAUGUGUGAUGAAAAUAUCCAGGACUCCAACGAUAAUAAUUACUUACCAAGCCUGAGAUUUAACGUUUCUUCUGAAAUUGAUCAUUCUGCUAUCAUGUCGUCAAAAUGGUUACAAAAAACUGUAGAUGUUGCUUCUGUACAAAAUACAUCUAGUGCUUAUAGUAGCGCAGCAUCGAGUGCAAUGGGAAAUCACAAUAUCAAUAGUCUUUACGUUCCUGACAUUGAUGAAACUAACACAAUUCAGUCAGCGAGUAUGUUAUUAAGCUUAGAAGACUUAGAUGUCAGUCGUACAAGUACUCAACAGGUCUUUAUUUAAUAAUAUGAGUCUUCACUUCCACCGCCAAUACCACCACGCCGUAAAAGAUGUAAAAGUGAGGUAGCAAGGCAUCUGAAUUCCAUUCAA